CUGGGUUGAAGGGGCCCUUUCCCUGGCCCUUCUUUGAGGUGCUGGGCCCUCAAGGGGGUCCCGUUCCAGUGCGGAAGGCUGGGAACUAGGAAGCGUUGCGGACAGACACCCGCCUUCCCGGACUCCCGGCGGGCCCCGCCCGGGCUGAAGGGGGCACCAUGGCCCGGAGCAGGGCGCUGCUGUUCCUGCUGCUGUUGCCGCCACAGCUGCACCUAGGACCUGUGCUUGCAGUGAGGGCCCCGCUGUUUAGCCGAAGUGGCGGCCACAGCCUGAGCCCUGAAGAGAAUGAAUUUGUGGAGGAGGAGCCGGUGCUGGUCCUGAGCCCUGAGGAGCCAGCGCCUGGCCCAGCCACAAUUGACUGCCCCCGAGACUGUGCCUGUUCCCAGGAGGGUGUCGUGGACUGUGGUGGCAUCGACCUGCGUGAGUUCCCAGGGGACCUGCCUGAGCACACCAACCACCUGUCUCUGCAGAACAACCAGCUGGAGAAGAUCUACCCCCAGGAACUCUCUCGGCUGCACCGGCUGGAGACGCUGAACCUCCAGAACAACCGCCUGACUUCCCGAGGUGAGAGGUCACCCAGAGCCCAGGAUCAGGGACACCAGGGCUCUGACCGACGCCUGUCCUUUGAAGGGCUCCCAGAGGAGGCGUUUGAGCAUCUGACCAACCUCAAUUACCUGUACCUGGCCAACAACAAGCUGACCUUGGCACCCCGAUUCCUGCCAAACGCUCUGAUCAGUGUGGACUUUGCUGCCAACUAUCUCACCAAGAUCUACGGGCUCACCUUUGGCCAGAAGCCAAACUUGAGGGGAGGGAAGCAUCUUCCAACAGGCAGAGCUGCCCUUCGCUGGAGCUGCCUUGGGAGGAGUGAGCGCCCCCGGCACAGGUCUGUGUACCUGCAUAACAACAAGCUGGCGGAUGCCGGGCUGCCGGACAACAUGUUCAACGGCUCCAGCAAUGUCGAGAUCCUCAUCCUGUCCAGCAACUUCCUGCGCCAUGUGCCCAAGCACCUGCCGCCUGCCCUGUACAAGCUGCACCUCAAGAACAACAAGCUGGAGAAGAUCCCCCCAGGGGCCUUCAGCGAGCUGAGCAACCUGCGCGAGCUGUACCUGCAGAACAACUACCUGACUGACCAGGGCCUGGACAACGAGACCUUCUGGAAGCUCUCCAGCCUGGAGUACCUGGAUCUGUCCAGCAACAACCUGACGCGGGUCCCAGCAGGGCUGCCACGCAGCCUGGUGCUGCUGCACCUGGAGAAGAACGUCAUCCAGCGCGUGGACGCCGACGUGCUCACGCCCAUCCGCAGCCUCGAGUACCUGCUGCUGCACAGCAACCAGCUGCGCGCGCACGGCAUCCACCCGCGGGCCUUCCAGGGCCUCAAGCGGCUGCACACGGUGCACCUGUACAACAACGCGCUGGAGCGCGUGCCCAGCGGCCUGCCCCGCCGCGUGCGCACCCUCAUGAUCCUGCACAACCAGAUCACCGGCAUCGGCCGCGACGACUUCGCCACCACCUACUUCCUGGAGGAGCUCAACCUCAGCUACAACCGCAUCACCAGCCAGCAGAUGCACCGCGACGCCUUCCGCAAGCUGCGCCUGCUGCGCUCGCUGGACCUGUCCGGCAACCGGCUCCACGCGCUGCAGCCCGGGCUGCCCCGCAACGUGCAUGUGCUGAAGGUCAAGCGCAAUGAGCUGGCUGCCCUGGCGCGCGGGGCGCUGGCGGGCAUGGCCCAGCUGCGUGAGCUCUACCUCACCGGCAACCGACUGCGCAGCCGGGCCCUCGGCCCCCGCGCCUGGGUGGACCUCGCUGGUCUGCAGUUGCUGGACAUUGCUGGGAACCAGCUUACAGAGAUCCCCGAGGGGCUCCCCGAGUCACUCGAGUACCUGUACCUGCAGAACAACAAGAUUAGCACCGUGCCUGCCAAUGCCUUUGACUCUACACCCAACCUCAAGGGCAUCUUUCUCAGGUUUAACAAGCUGGCCGUGGGCUCUGUGGUGGACAGCGCCUUCCGGAGGCUGAAGCACCUGCAGGUCUUGGACAUUGAAGGCAACUUUGAGUUUGGUGACGUUUCCAAGGACCGUGGCCGCUUGGAGGAGGAAGAGGAAGAAGACGAUGAGGAUGAAGAGGAAGAGGAAAGGAGAUAGUGGCAAGGUGACACAGAUCUGACCUAGGACAGUGGACCACCGGACUCCUUUCUGCAGCACACGCCUGUGCCCUGUGAACCCCCACCCUGCCACACUCACAUGGUCACACCCAGCGCUGCAGCCACAGGGCAUCCCACAUAGCACAGCCCGAGCACAGCCAGACACGUGCAGAUAGCACGCCACACUCGGCCACACACACAGCCAGUUCCACACUCCCCUCCAGACCGUCGCACUCUCCGCCCCCGCCCACGCCACUGCCAUGCCCUGGCACACACAGGCUCCUGCUACCUUCCCUGCUGGCACAUGUACUCGUGUGUCCAUGUGCACACACACACACACACAGAGUCAUGUGCAAACAGCCCUCCAGGGCCUGUGCCACCGACAGCUCUUGCCCCCAGCAGGAACUGGCCAGAGCAGCUCGCCGUCUGCCCGGUGCAUCUGUCCGUCCGUCCCCUGGAGAAGACAGGGUUAUCUCUGUGCCCUGGCCCGGUACCUGCCACCCUCUGGAACUCGCAAAAGCUGACUUCUGUUCCUUGACCUCCCUUUGGGGGCAGGAACCUUCAGGACUGCUGCCCCGGGCCUGCCCCCCUGUCCCCCUAGCUGCUGGGGCAGUCACUCUGCUGAGAGCCCCUCCCUGCCGUGCACUGGGAGGCCACAGGCGCUUUCCUGACGGGCGAGCCCCACCGAGGCUGGACCGGAGAGUCCCCGGGUGCUGCUGGGGCCUCGGGCAGGAGUGAGGCAGAGACAGUGGGGCUGGGCCGGGCCAGGCGGGAAGGGCCCAGCCACACCUAUGAGACACCGUCUUUAUUCUUUAGGCCCGUGAGAAGUUCUGGGUGCCUUUGGUUCUUUAUUUUUUUUUCAAGGAAAAAAAUGAUAAAAAUCUCAAAGCUGAUUUUUCUUGUUACAGAAAAACUAAUAUAAAAGCAUUAUCCCUGUCCCUGCA